AUGACACAGCUAGACGAUGUUCAAAUCAAGGAAGUCGUGCGCGAGAGGUACGGGGAGCUUGCAAGAAACUCCGCUGAUUCCUGCUGCGCAACCGAUUGCUGUUCAGACAGCGAGUCGAAUGUGGACUCCAUCCUGACCCUGUAUGCAUCGGACCAGACCGAAGGACUGCCAUCUGAGGCGCUGGCUGCCUCCGCUGGCUGCGGCAACCCUCAUGCGAUUGGGACGCUUCAACAGGGUGAGACGGUAGUCGAUUUCGGCAGCGGCGGUGGAAUCGACUGCUUCAUCGCUGCCAAGGCCGUGGGGGAGCAGGGGAGAGUGGUCGGCAUCGAUAUGACCGAGGACAUGGUGAAUCUUGCCACGAACAACGCCCGGCAGCUUGGGCUGAGCAACGUAGAGUUCCACCUGUCCGAGAUGGAGAACACGCCGCUGGAAGACGACACGGUGGACGCGAUCAUAUCGAACUGCGUGAUUAACCUGGCGCCUGACAAGGACGUCGUCUUCCGCGAGGCCUUUCGUGUCCUGAGGCCAGGCGGUCGACUGAUGGUCUCCGACCUGGUGAGAUUGACGAGAUACCUCAGGAAGAGGCUGAAGACACUGCGAACUGGGUGUCAUGCCUUGCCGGUACGGAGAUGA